AUUCUAUUUUCCUUCCAUGCACCGAUGUGUUCUCCAGAAUUUGACGCGUCGUUCAAUUUCCCCUAGAGUAACCACUACUCGCAGGGCUCUACACCUCAAUAACCAAGAUAUCCAGUCCAAAUAUGCAGACAAAUUACGCCUGCGAGCUGAGGAGUGAGGUGUUUAAUCGCGUAAGCAUAUCAAAACUAAAGGAAAACGCGAAGAAGCUGCAGGAGGAAGAGAAAAGGCGGUUUCGUGAGGCGAAUGAGGAGGUUAUCCGCGCAAGAAAGACAGUAGCAGUAGAACCAUCGAGCGCUUCCCGACCAGAAGUUGCAGCUACUCCCCGCAAGGACAGCUCUCCAGUGAAACCGCUUGGGUCGAUCCUUAACCUUCCUCGGAUUCUUUCUGUGAACGCCAGUCAAGUCUCAGCUCUUUGGACUGCCUAUCAUGCCUCUCGGUCAGAAGGCACUGGCAGGGGAUACUUGUGUGCAUCAAUUCCCUUGGAGGCUUACGAAAGGAUGGCGGCUGUAGCCACGAGAUAUCCCACUUUCGUCCUUCCCGUUCCUCGUCCUGAUCCAGAGGCUAAAGGGAACGCAAAUACAACGGAGACACCGUACGAGUUCCAGUUCAUGCAGUGGGCUUUCCACGAGUCCCCGCCAAUCCCUUCAGCCGCUGAGCCAGAUCCAUUCGUUCCUUCUACGAACACAUACCAAGCGGCCGAUGGGUCGAGCAAUCCUCCGACGUCCUCCAUCUUGUUCACUCCUCUGCAAGAGUUCAAGAUGCGCAACUCCUUCGCUACUCCGUACCUCGUUUUGACUCAUUACACUGAUCUUGCACGCACACAUGGGAUUGUGUUAUUACGAGGAGAGAUCACACCAGGAUCCGGAAACGAUGGUCGUUACCUAUUAUCCCAGGAGGAUGCACAAAUACUGUCCAUGGGUGUUCAAAAGUUUUAUCUGUGGUCGGACAACAAAGGUGUAGAACAGAAGGACGGAUCUACAGGAGAAUCCAUUCUAAGGACCUUCCACGAAAAACCCUCAGAGUUCGAUUGGCAGGAGAUGCUGAAAUACAGUACACAAUUGUAAUGAUCUAGUAUGAAUAUACAAUUAGAUAGACAGAGAUACAUCGAGGAAGAAAACUUGGAUAUGUCAAUCCAAAUGCUAGCUCAAUAAACGACGAAUUGUCUUUCCACCAGACCGCUUAUCUGCUGCAAGAACAAUCUGCUCGAUUUGGUCUUCUCGAAUAACGGGAGUUGAGCCAAUCAAC